AUGGCUGAUAAUAGAAUGUCGACACCGACUCUUAUCAAUUUACCUCCACCGCCAUCGGAUCCUGUCACUCCUUCGGACAUGGGACCCGGUACUCCCAAUUCUGGCACCACAUCUCUGUCUGCGCUCUCGACGACCGCCAUCAAAGACGGCCACCAGGGCCACACCCACCCUUACACACGACACACCCACCAAUCCUCGUCAGCAUCGGCCACCUCGACCUCUACCCUCGACGCAGAGCGCGCAGAUCGAAUUUCGCGGUUGGCGGGAUUGGAGCGCGUUGCUACGGCGCGCGCGGGGAGUACUCAGAAUUUCGCCCCUGGUUCUACAGGCGCUUUCAAUCCAUCGCAUCCGCAAGGUCAGGGCUAUUUCGAUGGCUAUCCCUAUAUGGUCAAGGAGCGAAGCACUGUAGGCAGUGCUAGCGCUACUGGAAGUAUCGGCGGCCGCACGACUUGGGCGAGUGGAAGCGAUGCCUUUGAUCACGAUAAAAUGAGCGAGGACCAUGAUGAUGGCACCUCGAGCGUGGGCGGCAUGAGUGAUGAGGGAAAUGCCAGUCUGGUUGGCUUUGGCGAGGGUGCCAGCAGUACCAUCAGCGGGCCUGUCUCCGGUGCCACGUUGGGUCGACUGCAAUCUGCCGGUGGCCGUACACCAUCGUUCGGCAGCCCCGGUGCCAACAGAAACAUGACGACUGCACAACAUCCUCCCUACCUGCAGCACUCAUCGCCGUCUCCAGCGGGAUCCAACACCCCCGAACCGUCGGAUGAUGCUCGAAUGCUCGACGGCGUCACUUAUGAUUCUGAUAUUGUCGAUACUACCGUCCGCACACCUCGAUUAAUUGGCCAGCAUGGCCCCGAUAACCCUACCUUGCAAGAGCAAGACCGCCGAGGUUAG